CUGUCUUAUUCCUUGAGCACAUCGAUAGAGGUUUGUACCCUCCUGGCUCCAAGUUCUUUAGGGAGGUCUUGCGGUAUCAUGGGAUUCGCAUUCAGGACUUGCGUCCGCAAGAUGUCCUCCAGAUUUCAGACUUUGUCGCUCGGUGCGAAGCCUACAUAUGUAUUGCUCCUAGGCUUGAUUUUGGACUAAGUACUUUCGUUGUGAGUGGAAACACACUAAGUCGAAAGGCCGUCUGAAAUAAUUAAGGGGGCUAUCCUCGUCCUUCUUUCUCGCAAGAAGACGAAGAAUUCUUCGAUACUAGAUUCUUUUAUUGUCGGCCAACCAUUCCUGCUUGUGUGAAGUAGGUUUUCUUCCUAUUAAUCACCCGCCUGGGGAACCACAUCUAAAGUCAAUGUUGGUUCUCAAUGAAGGAACUAUUCUUGAACUGGCAAAGCUUAGAAGGCGCGUGCGGGAAUUGUCGAACCCUAGGCUGAGAAUAGUCGGCGUUGUUGAUUUCUGGAAACAGAUGGCUCGAUUCCUAAAGGAUCAUGUCGGGGAUUUUGUUAACAAGGAGAUUCCUCGUUUCACGAUAUUCAACCGCCCAGAAUCGGUACCAUAUCACUGGAGCAUAAAAAAGGACCCAGUGUGGCGUGCGAAGCUUACUGAUAAUUGGUCUGAUGAUGACAAGUCGGCGGAGAAAGAGGUCGAUCAGCGCGCUCGGGACGAGUCACCCCCGAACCGACCCAUUCGUACCGGAGUACGAAAGGUGCCAAUAUCUAGAGCGGCCAAAAUUACCGGGAUCUUCUUUUCCUCUACCGCUGUCAUUGCUAACGUGACGUCUUUGAUAGGAAACAUGUAAUAUUCGACAAUUAAUAUGGAUAGGAGAGAGUACAAAAUUUAAGAAAUUUGACAUGUGAUAAACCUAAAACAUAUUAUAAAAAAGAAAAGAAUUAGUAUAA